CAUUUGGCUACGAUCAUUUGUCUACGGAACGGCGCCGCGUUAAGUUCGUUAGACGCGGAAAGGAAAGGAAGUCUUAGAGCCCCUUAACCAAAAGCCCCCUUAACUCCAUAAAACGAACCGCGUCCGCAGAAGUGACUGUGUGUCUUUGGAAGAAAGCCAAACUCCACCUCCGACUUUGGGCCAAGUACUCCGGCAAUUAGGGCCCCCGAGUGUUUGUGUUAAGCUGUGAAGAAAGUUCGGCCAGUGUGCGCGCGGCAGUUACGAAACGCGGUUUCCGCCGGCAAACCCAAAAAAAACAUAACCCGGGUUCCAGCAGUACACAGAGGAAUAAAUAUCUGUGAAAGCGAAAAAUGGGUCACCUGUCGACCUCGGAGCGAGUGUGCAGCAAGACGCCGGCCAUUUCGGGGGAAUCGAGUCCCCCGCUAGUGGCCAGGAGAUCAAAGUUGCCCAACGCUGAUGCCCAGCAGGUGCGACGCGGCGAGGACUCCUCUCCGGAGUUGCCGCCCCGCGCUAAGCUGCAGUUGCCGCAGAAGAGGGAGGAACCCCAGCGAGCAUUGAUUCCCAAGGAAAUAGCCAAGCAUGUGCCAAAGGACGCCAUCGAUCUUGAGGAGUAUACACGCACCUUCGUCGGAGAUAAAGUACUGGGAUGGCAGUUCCAGGCUCCUCUGAAGUGGGAUAAAGUGGUCCAGAUCUCACUGCUGCACAUCGCGGCUCUAAUCUGCCUGCUGACCUAUCCGCUGCGAAACCUCAACAUGUACACCACCAUCUGGUCAUUCUUCGUUGGCGGCGUGGCUGGAUUCGGAGUUACGGCCGGAGCCCAUAGGUUCUGGACUCAUCGGAGCUACAAGGCCAACACAGUGCUGCGAUCCAUUCUGAUGGUCUGCUACUGUGUGGCUGGACAGAACACCCUCUACGAUUGGGUUCGGGACCAUCGAGUUCAUCAUAAAUAUUCCGAGACGGAUGCCGAUCCUCACAAUGCCAACAGGGGCUUCUUCUUCUCCCACGUGGGAUGGCUGAUGAUGCUGAAGCACCCGGAUGUUCUCCGACGUGGUCGUCAGAUCGACAUGAGCGAUAUUUUGGCUGAUCCCGUGGUGCGAUUCCACCAGAAGUACUUCAUCCCUCUGAAGACCUUCUUCUGCUUCAUCUUGCCCACCGUGAUCCCAGUUUAUUUCUGGGGUGAAACCUGGACCCUGGCCUUCAUUCAGCAGUGCCUCUUCCGCUACGUGAGCAGCCUCAACUUCACCUGGUCUGUGAACAGUGCCGCCCAUAUGUGGGGAUCCCGCCCCUACGAUAAGCGGAUCAUGCCAAGCGAGAACAUCUACGUGUCCCUACUGGCCAUGGGUGAGGGAUGGCACAACUACCACCACGUCUUCCCCUGGGACUACAAAGCAGCUGAGCUGGGCAACUACACCGUUAACUUUACCACCAUGGUGCUGGAUGCCUUCCAUAAGCUGGGAUGGGCCUGGAACAUGAAGCAGCCAUCAAAGGAGUUGGUGCGUCGCACCCUGGAGAAGUACGGCGAUGGCACUCAUUUCUCCCAGUUGGGAGGUCCCGAAGAAUUCCAGGAAGGAGUGGUGGCUGGAGCCACCAUGGUGGGUCAUGUGCACUAUGCCGAGGUGCCAGAUCCGGAUCUGGAGUACGACGCCGAGUCCAGCAGCACGGAGAGCGCCAAGCUAGAUGAGAAUGAGAACGAGGGCGAGCGGAUGAAGAAGUCAAAGAAGGCGGCCAACUAGGGAUCUCGAUGAUCGGGAUACUGGCGUCCAGGCAUCCAGAGAUCGAGAUGGGCUCGCGGAUCACUGAUGGGAAGGAUCGCCACUUAAUCUUGCGUCUAUGCGAGGGCGGGACAUAGUCGAUAAUCGUUUUUUAAAUUAAACCCUAUUCUAUUCUAUCAUUAUCUAUAUCCUCACACCUAACCAAGACACUUGCACCGCAAUGGUUAACACUCACACAACGACACCCACAUCCACUCAUUUUCGUAUCUUCAUUUGUGUAGGUUUAGGUAUUUAGCAGAUAGCACGGUACGACAUAAGUUAUAAGUCACACACAAAUUUACAUAUAAACGACAACAACAAAAUAUGCUCUCCGUCCGAGACAAAUAAAAAAAAUAAAUAUUUACAAAUAAAAACAAUUCAAAAAUCCAAA